AUGAUGGAGAUCGACUUUCGAAAAUACACGCUCGUCCGCGGCAUCCAGCUGCUUUCCGAGUUCCACCCCAAAUUCGGCGUUCUCUCCAUGACCAAAGAAAUCGUCCUAGAGUUCAUCGACCAGAACGGCCAGCCGGUGCUUUAUAACAACGGAGAUCUUCUCAUUGCCAACACUAAUUGCAACCAAGUGGAAAUGAUCGCUCUUCAAUCGCCCAUUCGGACCAACAUUCUAAGCUGGGCUCGACAAUAUCAGGGUCAACAAAAACUUCCAACAAAGACGAAGCUCCGCAAUCGAUAUUCAAUACCUGAGAAGGGUAAUACCCGCAAGUCCUGA